UGGCGGUGGUGGUGGUGGAAGGAGGUGAAAUAUGGAGGCUCCGGUGGACGUGGCUGCAGGUCCUUGUAAAGACCUCACCCACAUCGUCAAGGGCGUACGUACCAAGAGACAGAGGCCUCAAUCCCCCAUUCCUUCCAUCAUAAGAGGCGGCGGAGAUGCUCAUUGCGACACCAUUCUCGGCCACAGUGUUCGCGGCUCCGGCUCGUCCACCUACCUGGAGAGCAUAAGCAUUACGUCCGAAGAUGAAGAAACUGCCGAAUGCUUAAUCCUCUUAGCUCAAGGUCAUCGUUUUCCACCGAAAAGCAAGACUGAUCAUGAUCAAGAUUAUAAAUUCAACAGCAAAAAAUAUAUAGAAACAUCAUCAACUGAAGGAAACAAGGCAGGGAUUUUUGUAUAUGAAUGCAAAACUUGCAGCAGAACCUUUCCGUCAUUUCAAGCACUUGGUGGCCACAGGGCCAGCCAUAAGAAACCUAAAAAUAUGGCCAACAAAGCAUUUUUCCUAUCUGAUUCUGAAGAUGAUUUUUCGUUCACUAUGCAUAAAAAUGACACCAAAAUAUCUUCAUCUCCUCCUCUUCAACCUGUUAACAACAAGACGAAUUCGUCUUUUCAUUCUAUUAAGGUUCAUGAAUGCUCUUAUUGUGGGGCUGAGUUCACUUCCGGACAGGCUUUGGGAGGCCACAUGCGGCGGCACCGGGGAGGUGGAGGCGGCGGCGGAGGCCCUGCAGUUGCCGCAGCCAACACAACCUUGUCUUUGAGCCCAGUUGCUGCGACCAACACAACCUUGUCUUUGAGUACUCCUAUGAGCCAAUCUUCAUUUGAUUAUUACAAUCAAGAAUAUGAGGAUUCGAAGAAGACAACAAGAAAUUCUUUGACUUUGGAUCUUAAUCUUCCGGCCCCAGAAGAUGAGCAUAAACAACAGCAACAAAAAGAAGCUGAAUUUGUUUUUUCUACCAACUCAGCAUUGGUUGACUGUCAUUAUUGAGAAGUUUCACUUCUUCUUUAUACAUUGAUCUACGGAUUAAACAUUAAUUAUUCAGUUU